CCCUGGUAGCAGGCACUCCCUGAGCUCCACAGCACCACCAUGUCUGUUCGGUACACCUCGAAGCAGUACUCUUCCUCCCGCAGUGGAGGUGGAGGUGGUGGGGGAUCAGCCCACAGAAUCUCCAGCAGCAAAGGAUCUCUUGGCGGAGGAUUUAGCUCAGGGGGGUUCAGCAGUAGUUCUUUCAGCCGUGGGAGCUCUGGUGGAGGCUGCUUUGGGGGCUCCUCCGGUGGCUAUGGAGGAUUAGGAGGAGGUUUUGGUGGAGGUAGCUUUGGUGGAGGCUAUGGAGGUGGCAGCUUUGGUGGCGGCUAUGGGGGAGGCAGCUUCGGAGGAGGCAGCUUCGGUGGCGGCAGCUUCGGUGGAGGUGGCUAUGGUGGAGGUGGCUAUGGUGGAGGCUUUGGUGGUGGAUUUGGUGGCGAUGGUGGCCUUCUCUCUGGAAAUGAAAAAGUAACCAUGCAGAAUCUCAAUGACCGCCUGGCUUCCUACCUGGACAAAGUUCGGGCUCUGGAAGAAUCCAACUAUGAGCUGGAAGGUAAAAUCAAGGAGUGGUAUGAAAAGCAUGGUAACUCAGGCCGGGGAGAGCCUCGCGACUACAGCAAAUACUAUGGUCCCAUUGAUGACCUUAAAAAUCAGAUCCUCAACCUCACAACUGACAAUGCCAAUAUCCUGCUUCAGAUUGACAAUGCCAGACUGGCAGCUGAUGACUUCAGGCUGAAGUAUGAGAACGAAGUAGCCCUGCGCCAGAGCGUGGAGGCUGACAUCAACGGGCUGCGCAGGGUGCUGGACGAGCUGACCCUCACCAAGUCUGACCUGGAGAUGCAGAUCGAGAGCCUGAGUGAAGAGCUGCAGUACCUGAAGAAGAAUCACGAAGAGGAAAUGAAAGACCUUCAAAAUGUGUCCACUGGUGAUGUGAACGUGGAGAUGAAUGCUGCCCCGGGUGUUGAUCUGACUGAACUUCUGAAUAAUAUGAGAAGCCAGUAUGAGCAACUUGCUGAACAAAACCGUAAGGAUGCUGAAGCCUGGUUCAAUGAAAAGAGCAAAGAACUGACUACAGAAAUUGAUAGCAACAUUGAACAAAUGUCCAGCCAUAAAACUGAAAUUACUGAACUGAGACGCACCAUUCAAGGUCUGGAGAUCGAACUACAGUCCCAACUAGCCCUGAAACAAUCGCUGGAAGCUUCCUUGGCAGAAACAGAAGGACGCUACUGUGUGCAGCUUUCGCAGAUUCAGAGCCAGAUCUCCGCCCUGGAAGAACAGCUGCAACAGAUCCGAGCUGAAACUGAGUGCCAGAACGCUGAAUACCAACAGCUCCUGGACAUCAAGAUCCGACUGGAGAAUGAAAUUCAAACCUACCGCAGCCUGCUAGAAGGAGAGGGAAGCAGCAGCCAUGGUGGGGGACGCGGAGGCGGAAGUUAUGGUGGCAGCCAUGGAGGCAGUUCCGGUGGUGGUCAUGGAGGCAGUUCCGGUGGUGGCCAUGGCGGCGGCAGCUAUGGCGGCCAUGGAGGCAGUUCCGGUGGUGGCCAUGGAGGCAGUUCCGGUGGUGGCCACGGAGGCAGUUCCGGUGGCGGCCAUGGCGGUGGCUACGGCGGCAGCAGCUCCAGCGGCGGCAGUCACGGCGGUAGCCACGGUGGCAGCCAUGGAGGUGGCCAUGGCGGCAGCUCUGGAGGAGGCCAGAGUGGAAGCGGAGGCUUCAAGUCCUCCUCUUCUGGAUCCACUGGCGAAUCAUCUAAGGGACCAAGGUCAGGAGAAACUAGCUGGGAUACUAACAAAGCCAGAUUGAUCAAGACAAUUAUUGAAGAGGUGACACCUGAUGGUAGAGUGCUUUCAUCUAUGGUUGAAUCAGAAACCAAGAAACACUACUAUUGAGCUGCAUCAAGAGCAAAGUCGCUCUUCACCUAGACCAUUAGAUGUAGUCAUGAAAAAUGAAAUGUCCAAGAAAACACUCCUAUCUUAAUGGUCUACGAAAACAGGUUCACCCCUUGAAAAUAAGGUGUCUAAAAGGUGUUUUUUGAUUUCUGUAUUUCUUCUUUUCACUUUACCAGAAAGUGUUCUUUCAUGGGAAAAAAAAAACUUUCUUUUCUCAUUUACUAAUGAAUUUCAAUAAACUUUUCUUACUGAUGCAAACUA